AUGACAACAUCAAGUACAGGUUGUAUUGUACAUGAUCGAAAAUAUCUAUCGAAAUUUCAUGGAAUCAUUAAUCAAAUUCGUCGAACAAAUGAAUUUAGUUCUUCCGUUCUACAACGAUUACCAAAGCGAUGUUGUACAUGUCACAACCAAACAGGAGAAUAUUUAUUGACUUUCGAGGAUUUACGUAAACUUUGCCAAGAUAUUAAAUCAAAAGAAGAAGAAUUAUCGUUGACAUCUGAUUGUCCUAAAUGUGUCAAUUAUGUCAUACUUGAGUUUUCUUCGAUGCUAAGUCCAAUUCAACGUAUCUACCAAACUGGUCGCUUUGUUGGACGAGGUGGUUCGCAUCUUCGACUUCUUGAACGUACAUUAAAUGUUUGUAUUAAUAUUAUCAAUAACAAGUCCAGCAAAACGUUUCGUCGAAUAAUCGAUGAAAUUAAAACAAAGAAUAAAGAAUGUUAUAAAGAUGGUCUUUGGAUAUUAAUUGAAAUGAAAAAUAAUAAUAAUGAUGAAAAUACUCUCGAUAAUGUCAAACAAUCAUUACAAGAUGAAUGGAAAAAAAUCAAUGUUAUUAUUACUAAAAAGAAAGUAACAGUAAUGAAUUCAUCCUCUCAAACAAGAAUACUAUCGAAAACAAAUAUUUAUCGAGAUAGUCGUUGGAAACCUAAAGAUCAUAGACGAAAUAAGAAAUAUCAACAAAAACAAAAAGAAUCUAUUGCAAAUGAACAAGUUCCUCCACAACCAUUCAUUCGACCUAUAUCAAUGCCUAACGAAGUUGUAAGAUCUUACAAAACCAAACGAUAA